AUGGCGGAGCAAAGUGACAGUGAAACUGAACCUCGUGACCAGUCGGCUGCUUGUUUGCCUCGAAAACGUGUCAAACGAGUGUUCAAUGAAGCUUGGAAAUCUAAAUGGACAUGGCUAGAACACAAAGACAACCAUAUGUUUUGCACACUAUGUGUAAAAAGCCAAAAAAAGAACGUUUUUACCGAAGGUUGUAGCAACUUCAGAACCGCGACUUUGGAGCGGCAUGCUUCAGCAGCUGACCAUUGCCAGUCGGUACAAGAUGAAAUCUCAAGGUCAACUCUAUCGAGAAUGGUAAAAAAUCAGUUUAGUGAGAAUGACAGUGCCAUAAUCCAUGCUCUACGAACAAUAAAUUUCUUGGCAAAGCAGGACAUAGCAACAUCCAAGUACCCAGAUUUUGUUGAUUUUUUGAUACAGCAAGGCUGCAGAGCUUUUGCGCCAAUUGCAAAAAGCUGCCAAUCCUACACUAUUACCAAAGACUUUCAAGAGAGUAUAUACGAAGUGAUUCUCCGAGAUAUGAGAAAAAUGCUGACAGAUGCCGACUAUAUCUUUGUGCUUUGUGAUGAAUCAUGUGACAUUACUAGUACAAAAAAACUGAGUGUGUAUGCGAGGAUAUCAUCAGGCUGUAAACCAGAGACCAUUUUCUUAGAGAAUUGUGAAAUACUGGGUGGGAAAGCAGACACCAUUGCAACAUCUGUCAAAAAUCUCCUGACAAAGUUUGAAAUGCCGCCUGAUAGGGUAGUAGGACUAGGAAGUGACGGUGCAUCGGUUAUGACCAGAAAACACAAUGGAGUCGGUACAAGACUAAAAAGAGAAAUAAAUCCACAGCUCAUUCAACUGCACUGCAUUGCUCACCAACUUGCACUGGUGUCUAGCCAAUAUUUGAAGACCUACCAGGAGUUCAUGACAAAUAUCUACUACUGGUUCAAACACUCCGCCAAGCGCAUUAGUGGACUGGCUUCUCUACAGGAUGUAUUAGAUGCUCCCAAGAUCAGGAUAAAUACAUUCUGUCCGUUGGUUUAG